AUGCCUACAGGAUAUGUUGUUCAACGAUGGAUUGAUGUUGAAGGUGGUGUUUUAGAACAAAAUUUCUCAUUUUUACAAUGCAAAGGCACCUGCCACCUUGAAUUAUUCAUUUUCCCAGAGAAAACGAGAAAGAAUGUCUUCCCAGAUAAUCCUGAUCAUCAGCCUAUUUGCUGUGAUUCGAAUAUGAAAAAUUGCAAUCCAGAUUACAUUGUUUUCAAUAACAAAUCUGAUGUAGUUUAUAGAUUAUUCCAAAUUGAUGGUGAGCCAAUUGAAGAGAAAUCUAAAUCAAACAAAAAUCCAAUUCCUCAAGACCCAGAAAACAAGCAAUUCAAUAUCAAGCCAGCUUCUUUAAGAGGACAACAAAUGCUAUCUCAGAAAUACCCUGGAGCUUUAUCAUUAUCUGAAAAUCGCGAACUUUAUUCAAUAAUUUUAGCAAAUUGCGGCGAUAGACCAUUUGGAUUGAAUGGAUACAUUAAAGUUCAUUCAGAAAAAGGAUAUGUCGACUUGCGUCUUUCUUCUUUUAAGUACAUAAUUACAAUUUUAACUUUAUUCGGAAUAUCUUUCACAAUUGGAUGGUUUAUGUUUAUUACAAAGAGGAGACCAAAACUAACAACCCAACACUACAUGUUUAUAGGUUCUGCUGGCUUCGCAGCGGGUUAUUUCUUCUUCGAAUCAAUAAUGUUUUGGCUUUGGACUUAUCUCGACCACGCAGCUACUCUUUGCAUUAUUCUUGCAGCGGUAUGUCGUUCUGCAUCAUUUGCAGGCCUUUUAUACUGCACAAUUCUUGGACUUCAAUAUCCUCUUGAAAUUCAGAUUCAUCCAUUCGCUGCCGUCCUUCUUACAUUAUCCCCAUCAUCAUUUGUCGACAUUACAGGCAUAACAACCAUCAAUUCCCGUCAAAAUGGAAGAUGGUUCCUUGGAUUUGGCGCUGUCCCGUUCCUAGACUUCCUUAUACUCUCUAUUUCAUCAGUAGCCAUCGCAAUCAUUGCAAUAAAGAAGGCUCCUGAAGAAACAAAUGAAGAUUCUCGAAGAAAGAAUUUUUUGGUAUCUUUUGUCGCUUCUUUUGCAUCGUACAUACUCGUAUCCAUCGCAAUUGUUGUUCUCACUAUCGGAUUGACAACAGUUGAAGCCAGAUUCGUGGAUACAGUCGCAUUAUUAAUUUCUCCAACUUAUUUGAUCUGUUUGUUGUCAAUGAAUGGCUACUUCUGGUUCAAGUUCAAUCCAAGUGGUUGGGUUAACGCAAAUGAUGGCAAUUUCCAGGAUUCUGAAAAUGAUAUCGGAAUUUUGGACCAAGAUCCAACUGAAUACGUCGGAACAGCCAUUCCAAGCGCAAUUCCAGAGGUUGCUGUGAAGAAAUCCAGCAAAAAGAAGUUGUCUGACGACGAUUUCGACAUCGACGACAGUUUUUCAGGCAGUAGUCAUGAUGUCGAGAUAGAAAAGAUCGACUGA